UAAUCUAAUAUUCUCUCUCUCUACAAACCUCAGCAUCCCUCCCGUCUCUCCUCUCUUCUCCCGCUCGCCCAGCGCCGUAGCUCUCUCUCGCCGGAGCAACCCUCGCCGCCGUCGCCGGACCUCUCUCAGUCUCUGACUUCCGCAUUUCCUUCAGAAAACAGUAUAAUUGCCCAAGUAAUUGUUGCUUUUCUCUAGUAUCUCUAGUGCAGAACGAGCACUAUUGAGAGUUACGUAGAAAUGAGGCAAGAAGAAGUGGAUCGAUGCCAGAUCCAAGAGUGGUACCCUAGAUUCAAGUUGGCCUCUAUCAAAACUCAUAUUCAUCUGCUUCCGGAGUCCUUUGUCCAGUACCUUCUUGGUGACUCCGGGCAAUUUAUUCUACCCACUUCCGUCACAGGUGAAGAUGCCCUUACCAACAGGGUUCAUAAUCCUGUGGAUGAAGUUGACCUUGCGGUUCCAGAAGGAUCUGGAGAUGAAUCCGAGGAAUUUCCACCUCCUUCUUUUCCUGAACUCGAGUUGGAGAUCAAAGAAUCAAUCAAAUCGCUGGGGGGUGCCAUUUUUCCUAAGCUAAACUGGAGCUCGCCAAAAGAUGCUGCUUGGAUUAGCAGCAGCGGGAACCUUUGGUGCACGUCUCUCGGUGAGAUUGCCCUCCUGCUACGUGCAGCCGAUUCAUCAACCCACGAUCUCUGUCACACAUAUGAUUCUUGCAGUGACAAGACCUCAUCGAGGCCGCAGAGCUUUUUCCUUGCUCUACGGGAGUGGCGACCAGCACUUACCAGCACUUCGACCUGAGAUGGAAUUCCGUUGCUUCGUUAGGAAUAAGCUCCUGGUUGGGAUCUGUCAACGUGAGGUUACCACGUUUUACCCGGUCCUCAUCGAGAAGAAGGACCAUCUUAAGGUUUUGAUCGAGGAUUUCUUUGAAAGAAGGCCAUUAAGGAGUCGUCUGCUGGGUUGAGCAUUAGUGCUCAAACAUUGAGUGCUUACAUUUAAGAGGUUCCCGCUAUUGCAAUCGGAGAAUAUGGAGAUGCGGUAUUGGGGCAUUUUUCAGUUCUAUGGUGGUACUUGGGGCCAUGUUAACAUUCAUUGCUUUAGCUUGGUAUGACAUUCGAUGACAUAGGUUAAGGAUUAUGAUGCUGCGCUAGUCUUGGAACUGGAUUCUAUGGAAAAAUUUGCGCUUCAGUGUCUGGCCUUCCGUCAGGUAUCAGAUAAUGCAGAUAUGUACACAUCCCUGUUACAUUGAAUGUUCUGCUAAUUUUCCCCUCUGGUAGUACUAGACCCGAGCAUAUGAUUAUCAUGGUAAAGGCAUACAUUGGUUACCCAUGUGGAACUACGGCAUUGCUGCAGCAAGAAAUGCUCCCCUGCAAUGGUUAUUUUUUCCAACAAGGUCACUUGUAAGUACAUACCCAUUUAGAUGCUGAUAAAAAGAAUUUCUUCUUUCUGCA